UCGAGCGUAUUUCCGGUGUCGGGCCGGAAGUGGAGCGGUGAGGGUUGCUGGGCGUCUCCAGGCGGAAGUGGAGCAGCCGGGAGGAGGCGAGGCGGUCUGAGCAGGUGCUGAGACAUGACAGAGCUGCAAAAUCUAGUCGAACGGUUGGAGAAAGCUGUGGGACGCUUGGAGAUGAUGUCCCACGGACCUGGCGUGGCCGGUAGCUGUGGAGAUAGCCUUACAAAAGGAGUCGCUCAGUACGUGCAAGCUUUUGACGCACUUUUGGAGGGACCAGUAGCUGAAUACCUGAAGAUCAGCAAAGAGAUUGGUGGAGAUGUUCAAAAACAUUCUGAAAUGGUCCACGCGGGGUUAAUGACAGAGCGAGCUCUUCUGGUGACGGCAUCUCAGUGUCAACAACCUUCAGCGAACAACUUCUCAUCCCUGCUGAAGCCGAUAUCUGAUCAGAUCCAAGUGGUCCAGAAAUUCCGGGAGAAGAACCGCGGCAGCAAACUCUUCAACCACCUCUCGGCCGUCUCCGAGAGCAUCCCCGCGCUCGGCUGGGUAGCGAUGGCCCCCAAGCCAGGUCCUUAUGUGAAGGAAAUGACAGACGCUGCCAUGUUUUACAGCAACCGGGUCCUUAAGGAGUACAAAGAUGUAGAUAAGAAGCAUGUGGACUGGGUGAAAGCUUAUCUGAGCAUCUGGACAGAGCUGCAGGCGUACAUUAAGGAGUAUCACACUACCGGCCUCACCUGGAGCAAAACGGGACCAAUACCAACGGAUAAGGAAAAUGGGUCUCGGGCUCCUCACGGUGUCCCUCCACCACCGCCACCUGGCCCCCCACCCCCUCCAGCUCCUGCCCCCGUAAAUUCCGGCUCUGAUGACUCGGCGUCCCGCUCGGCACUCUUUGCUCAGAUCAACCAGGGAGAAGGCAUCACUUCUGGCUUGAAGCACGUGUCAGAUGACAUGAAGACCCACAAGAACCCAACGCUGAAGAGCCAAGGCGGCCCGAUGCGAACGGGGCCAAAGCCUUUCACCGCUCCCAAGCCGGUUGGGACUGCCAACGCUUCUCAGAAGCCUGUUAAGAAGGAGCCGCCGGUGCUGGAGCUGGAAGGCAAAAAAUGGAGAGUGGAAAACCAAGAAAAUGCCUCUAAUUUGGUGAUCAGUGACACCGAACUGAAGCAAGUGGCCUAUGUGUACAAGUGUGUGAACAGUACACUCCACAUCAAAGGCAAGAUCAACUCCAUCACAUUGGAUAACUGUAGAAAACUAGGUCUCGUGUUUGAUGAUGUGGUGGGCAUUGUUGAGAUCAUAAACAGCCGGGAUGUUCAAGUUCAGGUAAUGGGUAAAGUGCCAACCAUUUCUAUCAACAAGACAGACGGUUGUCAUGUCUAUCUCAGCAAGAGCUCCUUGGGCUGCGAGGUUGUCAGUGCCAAGUCUUCAGAAAUGAACGUCCUCAUUCCCACAGACAGCGGUGACUUCAAUGAGUUCCCCAUCCCUGAACAGUUCAAGACGCUGUGGAACGGGCAGAAGUUAGUCACCACCGUGACGGAAAUUGCUGGAUAAAACCAACCGGGCAACUCAGCCCUUUCCUCUUACCCCACCGCCACUGUGGGACAAAAAAAAAAUCUGCUUUUUUUCCCCCUGCUUGGGGAUGAUUUUUAGAUUUCCUGUACCUUUUCCCACUCUCAAUCUGCUUCUGUCUUCUUCCUGAGAGACUUUGCCUACCUUCUUUCAUUGAAAAAAAAAAAUACCUCAGGCUGGGAUUUGGGGUAGGGUGGCCGGAUCAUUCACUGCUAUCCUUUGAUCAGCAAGAAGGUGAGAUAUUAUUUCCUCCCUCCCCCCCCCCCCACGCCCUCCCCCGGUCGGACAAAACCAAAUCGCCAAUCAAUGUUUGUCUGACUGGCUUGUGCUGAAUGGAGCCCCUUCUCAAGGAACGGGCUUCCAUAAUUGUUUUCAGUUCCCUCCCGCCUUCGUUUAAGCAAGGAAGGUUCUGUCCCUCUUGGAGUAAAGCAAGUAUCAGGGUAUAAGAGUCCCCAGUGAUUGUGUGCGUGAAAUUGUAUCUGGUUUGGGGGAGUACAAGGGAAUUUGACUAAUUCUGCUAAACUAAUUAACCCAGGUGUUUUUUUUUGAGAGAGAGAGAUAUUCCAGGAAUGGCUUUGCUGGACCAAAGGCUGAAGACUGGGAUGGGUGGCAUUCCUCCUUCGCCCCCCCCAACGAUUCCCCCUUUUCCUACGUGCUCAGUGUAAAAUUCUGUGUUGUGCCAUGAUGUCGGGGGAGACUCCUCAGUUACAGGUGCCACAAAAACUACCACGGAACAGAACCUCCUUCCUGGGAGUUCUGUUGAGCGCUUAGAAAGCUGCUGCUCACCACUUUCCAUUUAAGCCCUACGUUAAAGGGAAUAUUGUGCCCCAAAGGAUCCCCUCUUCUGAGCAACUGAACAUGGUUCAGUCAUCCAGGACAGUUCUCCCCCCACCCCCACCCCACCCCCUCCGCCUUGGGGCAAUCUCUCUUUUCUAGGAAAGGAUAGGUUCUCCCUUCUAAGUCCAGUAUUUAAUUAUUUGUAAGCACAAGCUCGUUGCGGUUGAUUCUGUUAUCAAUUAAAGCUUAAUUUACACUGUAGAGUCUGGGAGAUUUUUCCUUCUCUGCCUGUUCCUUUUCCUUCCCGUUGCUUGGCUUCUUCCUUUCCGCAGAGAGUCCGGUGUGUCAGCCUGGCACUGCGUUGGUUGUGCCACGGUUAAAAGGCAUGGUACUGUACUGAAACGAGCCACUUUGGGCGCCUGAAUUGUAGUGUCUCGGAUAACAUAAGCAUAUCUUACUUCUUUCUUUGCCACAUUAAUGAGGGGUGUUUUUUUUGCCUCCCACUAAAAUGAAAUGUAACAAAAGAUAUGCAAUUCUUUUUCUUUUUUUUUAAUUUUGAAACUGUCCUGUGACUUGUACUUCCCUCUUCAGGCUUGUGGAAAUAAAACCUUUAUGUACUUAAAAUUAUACUGAAGAUAGAAUAAAGUUAAUGCCAAGUUGCUCAUUCAAA